AACCAAUGGGCGGUACAGAUGUCAGCACCCCAGAAACCAGGAAGUAGGCGGGUCUUCAUUCCCCAGGGACACAGCCUACUUGGUAGAGGUGAGACAGGGAAAAGAGGAAACACAAGGGUGACAGCGACAGCCGUGACAAACGUAAUACUCCCGGUAAACCCUGGACAUCCUUGGGACCUAAAAACAACUCUGGAUAAGUGGACCUUUAGACAGCAGUGCUUUCCAAUGCCAAGAAUGAUCUUUCAAUUGCAUUGCAUGCAUAUUUUCAGGAGAUCAAUUGAGCAGCCAGCUGUGGUUGUUAGAGCCUCUGUUGAUCUCAGUGACAGACAAAUGAGGAAGCUGACACUACUAGCUUGAAAUAUCCCACAUUUAUCUGCUCAUAAACUGAAUUGUGAAAUCAGGUGAAAGCAUAUCUUCAUUUUAUUCUUUUGAUGGAAAUUUAUCCUUUUUUAAGUAGGGUGCUGUGACGUGGAGGCCGAAUAUCUACAGUACAUUAGGACGUUCAUGCAUAUUUUAAAAAACAAUGGAAAGUAAUUUGUUCUUUUGGAGAUGUACAGGCAUUCAUCUGUUUAUGUAUGUUAAUAACAUAGAGGAAGGAAGCCAGGCCGGCUGGAAUCAACUGACUCACACAACUGUGGUAACCUCAACUGAACAGACAGAUCAACCAAGCAGCUAUGUGUUUAACAGCAGGAGCGAGAGGGUUUCUUGUCUUCCUCAUCUCUGUGUCAGUGGUACAGGGUCAGGAUGGCUGGAGAGUGACUUACACCUCUACUCAGAUCUGUGCCUUAAAAGGAUCAACAGUGGAAAUAAGAUGUACCUACACAUACCCAUCCAGAAUAAAUGGCCGUGAUACUAAAUUUGAGGAAACAUUCUGGUUUACUAAAUUCCAGGAUAAAGAACCGGUGGAUCUGAGAACAGACUCAAAGUAUGCAGGUCGUGUGGAGUAUCACUGUGAUAAAAAAGACUGCACUAUGAGAAUCACAGACCUGAGAGAGAGCGACUCAGCUGAGUACAAGUUCAGGUUCAUAACAAACCAGCCAGAUGGAAGAUUUACUGGUUCACCUGGAGUCACUCUGUCUGUCACAGUUUUGCAGGUGCAGUGGAGCAGGUUGAAAUCAUGCCUGUAUAAAGACUGUAUACAGGCACAGGUUAAGUGUCACAGCAGCUGUCAUCUAUCUGAUCAAACCUCCUACAUCUGGUACAAGAAUGGACAGAAAAUUGACAAAGAAGCACCUUCUUAUUCAGACUACUUUUAUUCUGCAGACAGCUAUUCCUGUGCCCUUACAGGACAUACGGAUUUUCCUUCUCCUUCAGUGUGUGUCUAUCGUCAAACCUGCAACAGAGUGACUUACACUGACAGAAGCAUCUGUGCCUUCAAAGGCUCAUCAGUGGACAUUUCUUGUACUUACAACAGUUAUGACACAUAUAUCAGAUCUAGAUUCUGGUUCAGACCUGUACGUAGUCUUCAGUGGCAGAAUCCCUCACAGCCUGAGGACCUUAGUGAAGACUCCCAGUAUGCAGGUCGUGUUCAGGUCCUUGAAACAGAGAGAGGACGCUCCACUCUGAGAAUCACUGACCUGAGAGAGAGCGACUCAGCUGAGUAUCGACCAGAAGGCAUCUAUCAUUUUACCUCCAUCAGCUCCAUGGACAGUGGGAUCUACUACUGCAAGUCUGAGAAUCAGUACAGAGAGAUCAACUCUACUAUUCUCGACUUAGAUGUCCAGUGUGAGUAG